AAGACCAGGACAGGGAAGCCGCAACCAUGGACUCCGCCAGCCACCCUUCAAUGGGUGAGGUUGUCCUAAUGGCAACCAGUUCGGCUGUUACCGCCAUCCUCUACGCCGUCUACAGACAUAAGUCAAAAGUUGCAGACAGUCUGAAGGGUGCUAAAAAAGUCACUCUGGACCAGGAUUUAAAGACCCUGUUGAUGGAAGCCCCCGGGAAGUGCGUCCCCUACGCGGUGAUAGAAGGUGUGGUGCGCUCAGUCAAGGAAAGCCUCAGCAGUCAAUUUGUGGACAGCUGCAAGGGGGUGGUCCAGAGGCUGACCCUUCAGGAGCACAAGAUGGUGUGGAACCGAACCACCCACUUCUGGAACAACUACGAAAAGAUCAUCCACCAGAGGACGAACACGGUCCCUUUCGAUCUGGUGCCCCUGGGGAGUGAGGGGCCCCCCGACGUGGCCGUGAGGGUCCUAAAGCCCCUGACCGCUACAGAGCUCAGCCUGGAGACCGUCUACGAGAGAUUCCACCCCUCGGUGCAGUCCUUCACCGACGUCAUCGGCCACUACAUCAGCGGAGAGCGGCCCAAAGGCAUCAAGGAGACUGAGGAGAUGCUGACCGUCGGGGCGGUCCUCACCGGCGUGGGCGAGCUGGUCCUGGACAAUAGUACCAUCAAGCUGCAGCCCCCCAAGCAGGGCCUGCGCUACUACCUCAGCAGCCUGGGCUUCGAGACGCUGCUGCAGCGGCAGGAGUCAAGCGUCCGGUUCUGGAAGGUCCUGACGACCCUUUGUGGGCUGGCCACCUGCGCCCUCCUCCUCUUUGUUCUGCACAAACAAUACCGGCGGCACCGGGAGAAGCGGCGGAUGCGUCAGAUGCUGGAGAGCCUCGCCGCCGGAGGGGAUGCCGCCAGCACCUGCGUGGUCUGCCUGAGCAACAGCCGCACCUGCGUUUUCCUUGAGUGUGGCCACGUAUGUUCCUGUCAGAAGUGUUACGAGGCCCUACCCAGCCCUCCUCACUGCCCCAUCUGCAGGCAGCUGAUCGCCAGGGUGGUGCCUUUGUACAACAGCUGAGGGGCGAUGCUCUC